AUGAUUACUCUCCCCCAUUAUUCUGUCUUCCUGGAGGAAUGUACCAACAGUCCCCUUCGUAUCCCUGUUGAUUUGCAGAAUACUGAAGCCUCUCCCCAUUAUUCUGUCUUCCUGGAGGAAUGUACCAACAGUCCCAUCGAAUCCCUGUUGAUUUGCAGAAUACUGAAGCACUCUCCCCCAUUAUUCUGUCUUCCUGGAGGAUGUACCAAGUCAAAUGCUGACUCUCCCCAUUAUUCUGUCUUCCUGGAGAAGCCCCUGUUACUCUCCCCGGUAUUCUGUCUUCCUGGAGGAAUGUUCUUGUCUCCCUUCGUAUCCCUGUUGAUUUGCGGAAUACUGAUAGAAAUCCCCCAUUAUUCUGUCUUCCUGGAGGAAUGUACCAACAGUCCCCGUUCCUUGUUGAUUUGCGGAAUACUGAAGCACUCUCCCAUUAUUCUGUCUUCCUGGAGGAAUGUAACAGUCCCUUCAAUACUGAAGCACUCUCCCCAUUAUUCUGUCUUCCUGGAGGAAUGUACCAACAGUCUCCUUCGUAUCCCUUUGUUUGCAGAAUCCCCCCAUUAUUCUGAUUUUGCAGAAUACCCUGUUCCUGUUGAUUUGCAGAAUAGACUCUCUCCCCAUUAUUCUGUCUUCCUGGAGGAAUGUACCAACAGUCCCUUCGUAUCCCUGUUGAUUUGCAGAAUACUUUGUCACUCUCCCCCAUUAUUCUGUCUUCCUGGAGGAAUGUAUUACAGUCCCCUUCAUGAUCCUCUCCCCAUUUUCUGUCUUUGCAGAAUACUGAUUUGCACUGAAGCACUCCCCAUUAUUCUGUCUUCCUGGAUUAUGUACCAACAGUCCCCUUCCAUCCCUGUUGAUUUGCAGAAGAAUGAUCUCCCCAUUAUUCUGUCUUCCUCCCCAACAAAUACUGAAGCACUCUCCCAUUAUUCUGUCUUCCUGGAGGAAUGUACCAACAGUCCCCUUCGUAUCCCUGUUGAUUUGCAGAAUACUGAAGCACUCUCCCCAUUAUUCUGUCUUCCUGGAGGAAUGUACCAACAGUCCCCUUCGUAUCCCUUGAUUUGCACUCUUUGUUACUCGAUAGAAAUGAUGAUUAUUCUUGUCUUCCUUCGCAGUUCUUUGUUCGGUAGAAAUGAUGAUUAUUCUUGUCUUCCAUCGAAGUCUCUUUGUUACUCGGUAGAAAUGAUGAUUAUUCUUGUCUUCCAUCGAAGCUCUUUGUUACUCGGUAGAAAUGAUGAUUUGCAUUCUUGUCUUCCAUCCAAGCUCUUUCUUACUCGAUAG